AUGUAUCCAACUAAACAGUAUCCCUCAUCGUCACCUCCAUCCUAUCAAGAUGCUAAUCCUGAUCAGCAAUUCUCUGGCUUCAAUUCUUUCGAACAACAACAACAUCAAUAUCAAGCAUCAACAACGGUAGAUGAUCGAAUGUCUAAGUUUCAAGGCAUUAUCAACAGAUAUGAAAUAAAUCGAGAUUUUGCCACAAGACUAAGAAACUUGGAAGGUUAUGAAAUUGUUUUUAUUGUGGACGAUUCUGGAUCAAUGAACACACCAUUGGGUGAUAUUACGGGACCAUUCGAUCGAAAUCCAUCAAGAUGGGAUGAAUUGAAACAAACUGUAUCAAUUGUUGUUGAUAUUGCAAGCGUUAUGGAUCCAGACGGCGUCGACAUUUAUUUUUUGAAUCGUCAACCACUAUUUCACGUUAAAAACUCAACAGAAUUAAUAACGACAUUUGCUGUACCACCAGCAGGUCCAACGCCCAUAGUUCCUAUUUUACGAAAAGUAUUACAGGAUAAACAAGCUGAAAUUGAAGAGCGAAAACUACUAAUUUUACUCGCUACCGAUGGUGUUCCAACGGACGAGGGAGGACGUCGAGAUAUUAAAACGCUUGAACAAGUACUCAGACGAGAAAGAAAUCCCAUUAGUCGUAUACCAGUAACGUUUAUUGCUUGUACAGACGAUGACGAAUGCAUAGGUUAUCUGAAUAAAUGGGACAAAAAUAUACCGUAUGUUGACGUUGUUGAUGACUAUAAAAACGAGAAAAAGGAGAUACAAAAUGUUCAAGGACGAAAUUUUCCAUUUAGUUUUGGUGAUUAUGUAGUUAAAAUAUUGAUGGGUACGUUGUGA